UUACACAUUCACCGAGGAUCAUCACACAUACAUCACAUAAAUUAAAUUAUUUCUAUUUUAAAAUUAAAAACAAUGAAAUCGCUCAUCGUCCUCUCCGCCCUUGUGGCCUUAAGUUACGCCGCCCCCCAGUUCCAGCCAAAGUACCAGACCCAGCCACAGUAUCAGACCCAGCCACAGUACCAGGUCAUUCCCAUCAUCAGACAGAACCAGGAAAUUAACCCUGAUGGUUCCUACCAGUGGAGCUACGAGACCGGCAACGGCAUCAACGCCCAAGAACAGGGCUACCUCAAGAACGCUGGAAUCAAAGACGCUGAAGCGCAGGUCGCCCAAGGCUCGUACAGCUACACUAGCCCUGAGGGUAUCCCCAUCUCCGUGACCUACAUUUCUGACGAGAACGGAUUCCGUGCUGAGGGUGCACAUCUUCCUACUCCCCCACCCAUCCCUGAUGCCAUCGCUCGCGCUCUUCAAUACAUCGCAGCCAACCCACAGACCCAGCAGCAAGAGAACCAGUACCAGCAAGGAUUCCGCGGUUAAUUCCUAUACUCCUACCGACUUGCGCAAACUUCAGAUCCCUGAGUGUAACUGUUAAAGUUAAAAAACGUGUAGAUAUAUCUUGAUCUGCCACAGCUGCAUGUCAAAUUACCAUGCUUUUUAUUCCAUUACAAGUUAGCCCUUGACUGCAAUCUCACCUGGUGGUAAGUGAUGAUGCAGUCUUAGAUAGUAGUGCGUAACUUAAAAGAGGUAUGACAGUUUUUAUUAAACCCAUGUCCGUAAUACUCGUAUAGGUUACUACAUGGCUUUGGCAUGUCCUGGUUAAAUCUGGCACGGCUUUCCCGGUAGGGUGGUCACUAGCAACGGCCAUAGCCUCCCACCAGACUAGACCAGAGACAAUUUAGAAAUAAUAAAUUUCCAAAUUGGCCCUGCCGGGAAUCGAAGUCAGGACCUUCUAUUUAUAAGAUCACAGCGCAACCACUCUGCCAGGGAGGUUGUUGAAACGAUAGCAGUCUGUAAUUCUCAAACAUAUCAUGUUUGUUAACUUGAUAAGUUACACUGGGACCUCAGAUCGAUAUACUUACCCAAUCAUGUAUGACAUGCGAGAAUCGAUUGACUCAAUGAUGCUUAGUUAUAUAAGUAUAAUCCUACUGUGAUUUAUUUUAUUUUAUAAGUAAUUACGAGAUUAAUAAAGAUAAUUUUUAUUGUAA